AUGCUUCAACUCCCCUGUCGCACCCACUUAACUUACUCUGGCCACUCGGGCGUCGCCAUGGAGUCAAGCUUUGGGCAGCCAAGUGCUGGCACUGCUCAGCAGGAGUGGACACGUCGGUAUGAGUCUGCCAUGAAAGCAUUUGCGGAGGCACAGUCAGAGCUACAAGAGCAACUUGGAAAGAGUCCUCGAGAUGAUGCCGCCGUCAGGGCUUUUGAAAAGAAGGUGGAAAAUACACAGAAGCACAUUGAGUUUGUGCAGACAAUGCUUCAGCAGGCAGCAGAUCCCUCCGAAGACAUUCUGACCCAGAUGGAGAAGUUGCAUGAGAAGCUUGAAAAGAAGCUUGAGCACAGCAAUGAGAAGCUUGAAAAGAAGCUUGAGCACAGCAAUGAGAAGCUUGAAAAGAAGCUUGAGCCUCUCUGGGAAGCCAUUUUCGUGCCCGUUGCCAAGAGUGUUCGCACAGUAGAGACGGACGUGGAAGUGCGUCAAGCCUGUGUUCAGCAUCAUGGCAGGGUGCAGGAAUGUUUGAUUCUCCGACAUCUACACAAGGAAAGUGCCACGUGGUACAGUAACAACAUUUGCACAGCUCACAUCUACAACAAGGACCACGAUGCUCCUGCUCAGACCAUGGGGUUUGAGGUCAACGACCCCAAGAACACGCUCCUGCUACUGCGGCACUUCGAGCUAGAGUUUGACAGAGGACGUUUGAUGCUCAUGCCUGUCGAGGUGGGUCAGACUGCCGAAGAGCCAUUGUCGUUGGUGCUUAAAGUAUACAUCCAUGACGAGCUGAAGGCUGAGAAUGUUUGGACCGUUAGCAUAGUUGACCGAAACUACGUUUGGUACAAGCAAGUGCAAGUCCGGAGUCGAAGGGGCGGGUGGCGUUCACUGACUUUCAGAGACCUGCAUGGCAAAACAUUCAAUGCUGCGCCAGUCUACAUGAGAUCUCUGUUCCUGAAAGCUGUUGGUGCGCACAAGGCCCACCCACAGCACAUGCCAAACCCACGGGCAUUUCUACAUAAUUUCCAAUCAAGAUGUCUGACUUGGGAUCAGCAUUUCGGCAACCGUUGGUCUGAGCAGGAUCGGCAGGUCGGUAGUGUCCCAUAUGACGACCUUUUUGAUGACGUGUCUUAG